AACCGGGCACCAAGGCAUAGCACAGCGAGGUUCAUUCGUCGACCAGGUGGAAGAGCACAUAGACGAGUUGGCCCUGCUCAAGUUCCUGGUUGCCAGCGAGCUCUUGGCUCACCAUGCUGCGGCACAAUAAUCACGGGCUUCGAAAGCUGUUGGUGAAUACUGAAUAGAGUGGAUAAUCGGCCAUUAUAUCAUCAUGUAAGAGCACGCAUGACCAUCACAUGACAGCAAACCUUGCAAAGUGGUCCAGUGACCAGUGGUGAGCAGAUCGUCAGUUCACGAUCAACCACGUCGACCUCCUGUGGAGCAUAGAGUCGAGUAACAACGCAUAGCUCCGCCGCGCGCUUGCCCCUCAUGCUCAAACAUGUGCACGCCACAGACGCCACUACAAUGCCAAAGAAGAUGGGCAUCAACACGCAGGCUGAGUCGGCGUCAGCCCCCCUUGGGCGGAGACCUACUGACGACGGGCAGCCGAGGGCUCAAGUCGUGUUCUGCGCGCCGCCACAAGGAUGUCGGGAAACACGCCGCCACUUCACCGAGCGCAAGCAGGAGCAGCUCGCUGAGGUCUGUUGCAAAGGUCGCAGCCAACAGUUGGCAUAUAUUUCCUCUCUCUAGUUUCUCUAGCCCUGAGCAUCACGGGCGCAUCCCGCCGACGGCACCCAGGUUCCGGCAUCCACCUAUGCCCUGCGCGCCUCCACAGGCACGUAUGGACAGAUCCGGAUCUAAGGACAGGCGGGGCAAGGAGGAAGAGCUCGACCCUACCCUUCCUCCCCUAGCGGCUGCCACCAUUGCAGCUGGCAUCGCAGGCUCGUCGGCAGUGACAUCCUCACCACCGCGGUUGCCCCCUUUGAACCCCUUGGCCCCUCCUUACGAGCGGCGGCUAAAGGGGCUGUUAGGGGAGACCCCAGAACUGGCUCAAGUACAGUGCCUCCUCAACAUCUUCCUCGGAUGGACAAGGCUCACAGUCAAGGUCGCCUGUGGCCGCCCGAUGAAAGGGGAAGGCGGUCGCGAUGGACAUCUCGCCGGUCGCCCCUCGCCCCGGCCCUUCCCCUGGUGGCUUCAUGGCAGAUGCCCGGAGGGGAGGUCCCACCUCUGGCACCCAGGCUGGCCGGCCCAGGCCGCGGCUUCUGCUGAAGCGUGUGGCCUUGGUUGUUGCCCAUGCUUCAGGUCGCGUGUUGGAGACCCCCCCCUAACCACCCACGAGGGACCUUCGGGUGAUGGUUGGGUGGAGGUUCGCCGCCCUCGGGGACAGUAAAUCCCUCAUGCUGCCUUCAUUGCAGACGGGAGGGACACUGGUCGUGCCAUUGCAAGUGGGGUCACUCUCCGCUGCAACCUCGUGGAUGCUCCCCCCCUCCACGUCGGGCUUCGACUCCGGCUCGGUUUCAAGCUUGGACUGGGCGCGGUCUCUUAUCUUCUUCCAACGCGACAAGGUCGAUAGCCAAGUGCCUCCAACGCACAGUCGGAGCGACAGGCUAAUAGAGACCCAUCAUCCGUACACGCCGUACCCUCUUAUCAGCUAUCAUGCCCUCAUCAAUGGAAUACAUAGCCACCGGUCGAUUGAAGCACAAGCUCAAAAUGUCUACCACAAAAAGAAAACGAGUCGCAGGGUACGAGCUUGUACUGAAUCGGCGACAACUCGGAUAGCCCACCAAUCGGCAGCAACGUCGGUCGAGCCCUCAGCCACACCAAUCCAAGUAGAUCUAUUGCUGACAAUUCAGGACGUUAAUCCCCUGGCAGCAUCAGAAGCUGGGUCGAUGGUUGCAUAUCUUCUAGUGGAGGCCAUACAGGCCACACAACUCAUCCCGAAGCAGACUGUUCCUCAAUCGGCUGAUCCCCGAGCCAAAACUGCGCCACCAUUAAAUCUUCAGAUUGAGGAUGCUCCAAACACAUCGAUCAUUCCCCUUGAGCGACCAUCGGCUGCGCGAUUCCCAGAGGAGGCUGGUUCAAGUACAUUACCGGUUAUUACCAGAGAGCCGAUUAUUGUCGAAUCUUCUCCUUCUGAUGAACUACCUCCGCCGAUUCCUGAGAUGGGAGCAGCAAUUCUACCAACCCAAGCAGAAGAGAUUCAUUUUAAGGAGUUGCGGUCUCCGAUGAUGAAGAAGUCGCAUCGCGCCAAAUAACCCUGAGCUCAAUACCAGAAGAUAUCCGCGCCAAGCUCCAAAACAUGUGAACUCUUCUUCAGGAAAAUGUUGGCCGACUAGUGGAAGAUGCGAACCGAUACGACAGAUUUUCAACGAGAUCAAAGGCCAAGUCCCAGAAGACGUAGAAGAGGCUCUCACACCCGCAGCAUACAUCGAAACCAUGUGGGUUCCAGUGUUUAGAGCCUUGCGACACAUGGCCGACCGUGCCAAAUUGGAGAAGGUGCGUCAAGAAGAAGAAUCUUACAAGCACCGUGCACAUGAGGUACAUCGGCGGAUUGGCAUCCUCGAGACCUCCCGUCCGAGCAUCGUCAAAGCAAUAGAUCGGCUCAAACGGCUUAGAGCGGAGCUUGCCAAAGAGAUGGAACAGGUCGUGAAGGCUAUCGCCACUGAAGAAAAUAAGCUUGAAAUCUUCCAAUUGUCAUCGCCGAUUUGGAACAAGAAAGGCAAUUCCUCGCUCAUGAGGCCAUCCACCUCCAUCAUAACGUGCCAGAAAUCCCAGGAUCAGCCAAUGACGAUUGGCAAGUGUUGGAUGCGGCCGACCAGGUUCACCUGCGAGCAAUCGAGGCCAUAAACAAUCUCCUCAGAUAGUUGUAACGGCCUUUGAAUGUCAUGUAUAACAUUGAUACUUUUGACGUUUCUAUCUUGAAUGCGAGUCUGAACGGCUUUUCCCGCAGCCUUUUGACUCAA